ACACUUCAUUAAAUUAUUUUUUAAUAAAAAAAUUUCAGAUAUAAGGAAAAUUAAUAAUUUUCCAAAUGUAUUUAUUAAAACUUUACACAUUUAGUUUUGUAUUCUUUUCUGUGAUAUUAUAUACCAAAGCGGAUCCGGCUUUAAAAAAAACGGUUGAUCAGUUUCAUAUGUUACUAAAAUAUUCAGGGUGGAAAAAUUUAAAAGAUUUGGUUUCUAUAAAGCUUCGCAGGGAGACACAUUAUGUUAAAGAUUUGAUUGUAAUACCAACACAUCGCAAUAAAUGUCACCAAAAAAUAAGAGCCUUGACUGUAUGUAUUGGAUGCAUAUAUGUAAAAUUUAUAAAUAAAAUUUCAUUAGUUAUUAGCAACAUUUUACAAAUGUGUCAAAAAAAAAUUCUAGAAGAUUUAAUUAAUGGAUGUAUUUGCACCGAAGAACUUGUAUACAUAUUAACCUUAUUAAUUGUUCCACUGACAACAUUGAUGCAAGGAGCCAUAAAUGCUUUGAAUUCUAUACGCAUAAAUUCAAGUUUAAAAUUUGCAAAUCGUCACUGCACAAUAAGUAAUUUAUUAGAGACAUUUGGAAAUAUUCUUGAAAUUUUGAACUAUAAAGCUCUAUCACGUGAUAAUGUUUCUACAUACUUUUGGACAUUAAAUUACAUAGAUAGUUUUAUUAUAAACACAUUAAAUGAAAUACAAGCUGUAACUAAUAUCUAUUGUGAAUUUGUAUCUUAUGAUACAAAUGAUUUAUGGAAUAACUGGGUUCAAGAAUAUGAAGCUUUUAUUGACCACGAAGAUAGUUCUGUAUUUUUAAAAUUUAUAAAGAAAAAAAUUAAGGAUAAUGUAAUGACAGUAAUUAAAGAACAGUAUUUACAACUAGGAUUUAUAUUUGACCCAAUUACUGAAGAAACGUUUGCAGCAACAUUAGAUGACCCAAUUGAGCUAGAAUUGGAAUUGGCAAUAAAUGAAGAGCAUCCAGCAAUAAUAAAAAUAAAAACAAGUGAAAGUUUUAAUCAAUUUAAUAUUGGUUUACAUUAAAUAAUUAUUAAAACAUAAUAAUAUGAUUCUAUAUUAAAUUGAAAGGAGUGAAUGAUAUUAUUAUAAUAUUACAAUAAGCUAAAAUAUAACAUUAGAAAUAAUAAAAUUAAAUUUUAGUCGUUUUUAUAAACGAUUUUUGGUACCUGUAUAAUAUUAUCUAUUG